UGAGGACUCGGGCUGCGUCUGGCGGAGCGGUGGGCCGGCUGGUGGCGGUGCGGGCGACGGGUCCUGGGGACAUGUUUCUGCAGGGAGUUUGCUUCAGCAAACCUUUUGAUGCCUGACCUUCCUAUCCGGAUUAUACUCAAAGUCUUGUUUAGAAAAUGGGUCCCACGGGUCGCCUUGUGACCAUCAAAAGGAGUGGGGUGGACGGCCCCCACUUCCCACUGAGCCUCAGCACCUGCUUGUUUGGAAGGGGUAUUGAAUGUGACAUUCGAAUCCAGCUCCCUGUGGUGUCAAAGCAGCACUGCAAAAUUGAAGUCAGUGGGCAGGAGGCGAUACUGUUUAAUUUCAGUUCCACCAAUCCGACCCAAGUGAACGGGUCUGUCAUUGCGGAGCCCGUACACCUUAAGCACGGCGAUGUGAUCACUAUUGUCGAUCGAUCUUUCAGGUAUGAAAAUGAAAGUCAGCAGAAUGGAAGCGGGUCAACGGAAUGCCCGGGACAAAAACGCAAACAGGAUUCUCUGCAUCAGGUCUCAAGGUCUAGCUUCUCUUCUGACCCCGAUGGGAAAGUUCAAGAUUCCAAUGCCCGUUCAAAACUCUGUGAAGAAAAUGUUUCCGGAAGUCCGCUGAUACACGUGAAGAAUGGCAAAGCAGCCUCCUCAGAUGGUCCCAAAGAUCACGCUGCUAGAAAAUCCCUUAAUGCUGUCCAUUCCUCAGAACUUCCUGGAGAGAACUUCAGAAACGCAAUGGAUCCUACAGCCGGGGAUUUUAAGGAAGAUUCCAGCGUUGUCUUAGUGAGCUGUCAUGGAGAACUGAAGACUUUCCCCUCUGCAUGGUGUCCUGAGAAUAGUGAAAACCAGGAGUCUCCAUUUAGGGAGCUUUACGAGUCAAUGAAGGAAGAGUUUGACAUGAAAUCAGGAAAAGAAAAUGUUCCACAGAGUGGGAAAAAGUCGGGGUCGCGGAAUCAUCGUGCAUCAGAGAACGAAUGUUCCGGUGAGCUACAAGAUGGGACACAAGUCCUGGUCUCACUUAAAUCCAGACCCAGGUCGGGUCGAUUCACCCCAGUGAAGGCAGACCCUGCUUUGGGAGAACAAGGAAUUAGCCAGACAGAGGACAGGAGAAAGGAUGAGGAGGCCCUUCAGACUCCCAAGGAGACCACGGGUCCCAGCAUACCUCCUAAGGAGAUGACAAGAACCAAGACCCUGGUCCAUCAUUCUCCUCACAAUUCCUCACGAAAACGUCGGAGUGAAGACCUGCGUGUUCCCAGCGGAAGUGAACCCGUGAAUCUGGCUCAAAGGGAAAGCUUCGGGACAGAUAACAAGACAUUCACUCCUCGGAAGUUCUUAACCAGAAAUCCAACACCCACUAAAGUUGAAAAUGCUGUUAAUUUUGGAGCAACACCAGAAAAACUCUUCUCCAAGAAGAGGGCGAGUGUUCCCUCCAGUGUGGACGUUCUUGCCACAGAACUGGAAACUCAGACUCACACUGUUUUAGCUCCACUGCCCGUUCAAGUUGAAAGGAAGAUUCAGAGCAUUUCCAUGCACCAGCCUGAGAAAGUGGGCGCCACCGUCGGGCCUUCAAGCUCUGGGUUCCCGGGCCAUAGUUCAGUUGAUAGCAGCAGCUCUGGUGACUCCAUUAAUAAGAUUGAGGGAACGCCCCUGAAAAGAAGGCGGGUCUCCUUCGGCGGUCGUCUGAAGCCGGAGUUAUUUGAUGAGAACUUACCUCCUAAUACACCUCUCAAGAGAGGAGAGACCCCGAGAAGGUCUCUUGUCAGCCACACUUCAGCUGUCCUGAAGAAAAUCAUCAAGGAAUACCCUCAACCAUCAAGAAAAGAAGAUUCUUCAGAAAUCCGUUUGGAAGUUUGUGCACAAGACCAGCGUAAGGGAUCUCCAGCUCGGAAUCCGACGAGAACUUCUCCAGUGGCAAAUGAGGCCCGCCGUAGGUCGAGCAAGGUACCCUCGGUCUCCAGGGGCAGCGCAUCUCCUCAUCCCACAGACACUCCCAAGAGGGGAGGCAGGAAGAGUGGCACCUUGCCUUCGAAGAGAGCUUCCAUCGAUCGGAGCCAACACGAGAUCUUGCAGAGGAUCUAUUCCAGAAGAAGGAGCGGUGCUUCUGAAGCCAAUUUAAUCGUGGCAAAAUCGUGGGCAGACGUCGUAAAACUCGGAGCCAAACAAACACAAGCUAAAGUGGUUAAACAUGGCCCCCAGAGGCAGCCCAGCAAAAGGCACAAGAGAACGACCACUCCAAAGAAGCCUGUUAGCGAUAUUCACAGUCAAUUCAGCACAGGCCAUGCCAACUCUCCUUGUACCAUAAUAAUAGGGAAAGCUCACAUCGAGAAGGUACACGUGCCCGCUCGGCCCUACAGAAUGCUCAACAACCUUGUGUUCAACAAGAAAAUAGACUUUAAUGAAGAUCUUUCAGGGUUAACUGAAAUGUUCAAGACUCCAGCCAAAGAGAAGCCACAAACAAUGAGCCUAUGUCCCAAGGCUUUUUCAAAUUCAGAGGACUUCAUCGGAAAGGAGUUUGAAGUACCCAAUUCGGGAGAAAAACCUCCGCUGUGCACUUCAGUAAAUUUUGGAGAAAAUGUAUUCCACAUGACUCAGAGUAAACUGCAAGAGCCAUCCGAUCACAGUCCUGCCAGCCCUGCCCUCAGAAGACCGGCUAUUAGAGUAAACACAAACAUUAAGAAGACUCCAGGGUCAGAGGCAGAGCCUCUGAAGGUGACGUCAAGUGCAAACAGGUUUCGAAGGUCCACGGAGCUCGGAAACACACAGAUGCCAGGUUCAGGGCACAGCGACGAAGAAGCAAACACAGACACUGCUGAGAACAUGUCAGGGCGACGUCUGAGGAAAACUCCACAGCGAGGACAGAAACCAGAGGGAGCGACUGAGGAACGAGAGAGCUGUUUUGACACAUGUGAGAAAGCUAUCAAAUCAGAAGGUAGUUCUGAAAAGAUGGUGGCUAUGAGGAGAUCGAGAAGAUAUUCAGAGCAAAGAUGGGAUCCAAUAGCCAACCUGACCACCCUCAAGAAACAGCAGGACACAGAACCCAAGGAAGACCUGGGGGGCAUCCAAAAUCUCCCCCAAACCCCCACUCAUGCCCAGGAACCAAUGGACGUGGGAAACAAAACCACAGAAAAGUGCAAGAAAUCUUCAAAACUAGAACUAGUUGGCGUGCAAGCCAGGAUGAACAUAGAGCUGAAGACCCCUCCCCAGAAAGUGGACCUAGAGGAAGAGCCCUCAGCUCUCAGGAAGUCCAUGCAAAUGCCAGGGGAAAACAUCCCUGUGCCCGGAGAACCAGAAGAUGGUGAUGAAGACAUCAAAUUGUUUAACAGAACCCCAAAGCAGGAAGUGCACUCUGCAGAAAAUGUCACUGGAAGCAAGAGGCGGUCACGAACCUCCAAGAGAGAUGCCCCGUCCUUAGAAGACCUGGCUGGCCUCAGGGAGCUCUUCCAAACUCCAAACCACACAGAAAAACCAAGGACUGACAGCAAAACCACCAAAGUCCCCUGCAAAUCUCCACUAGCAGAUCCAGUCAACACACCAACAAGUAGAAAGAGGCAGCUCGAGACCCCUCCCAAGAAAGUGGACCUAGAGAAGGAGCCCUCAGCUCUCAGGAGGCCCACCCGAACACCAAGGAAAGCCAUGCCCUCACACAGAGAACCAGGAGGUGCUGAUGAAGACAUCCGCUUGUUCAAGGAAACUCUGAAGCAGAAAAUGACCCCUGCAGAAAAUGUCACUGGAAGCAAGAGGCGGUCAAGAACACCCAAGAAAAUGGUCCAUUCCUUAGAAGAACUGGCGGGCCUCAAAGAGCUCUUCCAAACCCCAGAGCACACCCAGGACCCAGUGACUGAUGACAGAACCACCACACUCCCCUGCAAAUUGCCACUAGCAGAUCGAGUCAACACACCAACAAGUAGAAGAAGGCAGCUCAAGACCCCUCCCCAGAAAGUGGACAUAGAGGAAGAGCCCUCAGCUCUCAGGAAGUCCACCCAAAUGUCAGGGGAAAGUGUGCCCUUAUACAAAGAACCAGGAGAUGGUGAUGAAGACGUCAGAUUGUUUAAGAGAAGUCCAAAGCAGAAAGUGCACUCCUCAGAAAAUGUAACUGGGAGCAAGAGGCGGUCAAGAACACCCAAGAAAAUGGUCCAGUCCUUAGAAGACCUGGCUGGCCUCAGAGAGCUCUUCCAAACACCAAACCACACAGAUAAACCAAUGACUAAUGACAAAACCACCAAAGUCCCCUGCAAAUCUCCACUAGCAGAUCCAGUCAACACACUAACAAGUAAAAGGAGGCAGCUCAAGACCCCUCCCCUGAAAGGAGACCUAGAGAAAGAUCUCAGGAAGCCCACCCAGACACCUGGGGAAAGCACACACUCACACGGAGAACCAGGAAGUGGUGAUGAAGACAUCAAAUUGUUCAAGGAAACCCCAAAGCAGAAGAUGACCCCUGCAGAAAACGUAACUGGCAGCAAGAGGCGGUCGAGAACACCCAAGAGAAAUGCCCCGUCGUUAGAAGACCUGGCUGGUCUCAGGGAGCUCUUCCAAACACCAAACCACACAGAUAAACCAAUGGCUGAUGACAAAACCACCACAGUCCCCGGCAAAUCUCCACUAGCAGAACCAGUCAGCACACCAACAAGUAGGAGGCGUCAGUUCGAGACCCCUCCCCAGAAAGUGGACCUAGAAAAGGAGCCCUCAGCUCUCAGCAUGCCCACCCGAGCGCCAGGGGAAAGCAUUCCUUCACACGGAGAACCAGGAGGCGGUGAUGAAGACAUCAAACUGCUUAACAGAACCCCGAAGCAGGAAGUGCACUCUGCAGAAAAUGUCACUGGAAGCAAGAGGCAGUCACGAACCUCCAAGAGAGAUGCCCCGUCCUUAGAAGACCUGGCUGGCCUCAGGGAGCUCUUCCAAACUCCAAACCACACAGAAAAACUAAUGGCUGAUGACAACACCACCACAGUCCCCCGCAAAUCUCCACUAGCAGAUCCAGUCAGCACACCAAUGAGCAAAAGGAGGCGGCUCAGGACCCUUCCCCAGAAAGUGGAUCUAGAGGAAGAGCCCUCAGCUCUCAGGAAGUCCACCCGAACUCUAGGGGAAAGUGGGCCCUCACACAGAGAACCAGGAGGUGGUGAUGAAGACAUCAGGUUGUCUAAGGAAACUCCAAGGAAGAAGCUAGACCGCGUAGAAAACGUAAGCAGAAGCAAGAAGGGGAUAAGAACGGGUAAGGAAAAGGCCCAAUUCCUAGAAGACCUGGUCGGUUUUAAAGAGCUCUUCCAAACCCCAGAGCACACCCGGGAACCAACAGCUCUUGUCAAAAGCACAGUAACGCCGGGCAGAUCUCCUCUGGCAGAAACGGUCAACACAGCACCCCAGAGGAAGACGUGUCGGAAGAUGCCUCAGGGGACGGCGGACUCCGAGAGAGAGCUCGCACCUCUCGGGGAGCCCAUCCAAACGCCAGCGGAAGCCACACGCGCACACGGAGAGCCGGGAGGCGGUGAAGAAGUCAUCCGCUUCUUCAAGGAAACCCCAAAGCAGAAGAUGAACCCUGCCGAAAAUGUCACCGGAAGCAAGAGGCGGUCCAGAACACCCAAGAGAAAUGCCCCGUCCUUAGAAGACCUGGCUGGCCUCAGGGAGCUCUUCCGAAGCCCAGAGCGCCCCAAGCACCCAGUGACUGACGACAAAACCACAGUCCCCUGCAAGUCGCCACUAGCAGACCCAGUCCACAAGCCAAUGAGUAGAAGGAGGCGACUCAAGACCUCUCCCCAGAAAGUGGACAUAAAGCAAGAGCCGUCAGCUCCCAGGAAGUCCACCCGAACGCGGGGGGCAAAGGCGCACUCGGGCAGAGAAGCGGGAGGCCCUGCGGAAGACAUCGAGCUGCUGGGUGAGACUGUGAAGCGGGAAGCGCGUUCUGCAGAGAAUGGAGCCGGAAGCAAGAGGGGGUCAAGAACACGCAAGGGAAAUGCCCCGUCCUUAGACCUGGCCGGCCGCAGGGAGCUCUCCCAAACCCCAGAGCACACCCAGGACCCAGUGACUGACGACCCAACCGCCACAGUCUCUGGCAAAUCGCCACUAGCAGAUCCAGUCCACAGGCCAGCAAGUAGAAGGAGGCAAGUCAAGACCCUUCCCCGGCAGGCAGGCGUGGGGCGAGAGCCGUCAGCUCUGCGGAUGUCCCCCCGACGGCGGCGGCCAAGUGCGGUCUCCGGCCGAGAACCCGCCGGUCGCGACGGAGACGUCAGAUGCGUGAAUGACACCGCAGAGCAGACCCUGAGCCCUGCAGCGAACGGAACGCUCCGGAAAAGUCGGCUAAGAGCACCUAAGGAGAAGGCCCCGCCCCUGGAAGACCUGGCCAGUUCCCCGGAGCCAUCCCCGCUGCCGGAUCCCAGCGAGGAAGCGGGAGAGGACGCAGGUGGCGGUAGGGCCGCUCCCGUGCACCCUCCGGGCGGGAGGAAAGCUGUGAGCGUUCCUCAGAGAAGCCUCAGGUUCCGUCGGGCCACAGCGGAGGAAGACCCGGGGCACGGGAGAGAGCCGGUCGGGUCUGGGAGGGAAGGCGGCGCUUCCCUGCCCUCCAAGAGGGAAGGAGGAACCAAGGAAGCUUCGACGGGAACAAAGAGGCUGCGCUCUGCGACCCCUGCCCAGGACGCGACGGAGGAGAAGCCGCCCCAGAAGAGGAGGAGGGCAGCUCCCCGCGAGGACUGUGACCCACCUGAACCCCUGACAGUGAAGAAGAGGCUGAGGGUCGUGGCAGAGCAGAUGCAACUCCCGGGAGACCCGCCAAGGAGCAGCAGGGAGGCUACGCCGAGGGCAGGAGAAGCGGCGGGCAUGACCCCGAGCCAUCAGGGAAGGUCCCUGCGCUCUAGACGUCCAAAUAAAACCGAGGCAGAAGAGACAAGACCCGAGCCUGUUGUAACAGCGACAGAAAAGCCGAAAACAAAAAGAAGUGACAAGAAGCCCUUGAAGACGUCCCAAGAGACAGCAUUACAAAGCCCAGAAGACGGGGCCAAGCAUGCGGCAUCUGGGAGCAAAGCCCGGGAAAGCAGAAUGUGUCUGAGGUCUGCGAGACCCACUAAGAUGCCCUCGCCGGACGUAGCCCAGGAGAAGCAAAGGGAGAAAAGAGUGGGUGUCCAGGAGAAGAAGCAGGAGGAAGAAGUAAGGCAACCUUCAGACCCCAUGCGUUUGAGAUCUAGAAAAAUCACAGUCCCUCCUGGAGGAAAGACUUUGGAGAGUGAACCCCAGCAGAGGGUAACUCGGAAUGCCAAGAGAUGCGCUGAAAAUAUAAAAAAGGAUGAUGACAAUGUGUGUAUCAAGAAAUUAAGAACCAGAAGUCGUCAGGACAAUGAAGAUAUUUAGCUGAGAAGUUGAAAAGGGAAAAAAAACUAAUAAGUGCAGUCUAGUGAUAUAUUCUAGUAUGAUAUUUGGGUAAAUUUGAAAGGGAAUUUUGUAAAUAAUGCUAUUCGGGUGUUUAAGGAAAGAAUUUUCUCUUUCCGAGUGGUCUAUUCAUAAAGGCCACAUGGAGGUCACGAAGAGGACUGUUGGUCUCAUAAAGUGACAAAAAUAUCAAACUUGGCUUGGGGACGGGUGGGGGCGGGGAUUGGGACUCAGAAUAAUGCAGUGAAAUGAAGCCGUGACAUUUGUCACCCCCGUCAGUCCUUAUCGGCCCCAUGCGCCAGCACUUGCCCCCGCUGCUCUGUAAAUGCUUUCUGUUGGCCCGCGUCCCGCAUCAGAAUGUGAAAGCAGAGGCUUCUGUCCCUAGUCCCCAGCCCUGGGCAGGCACUCAGGAAACGCAAAUGAACGGGCCGAUGAACAAACUCCUCGGCUAUUUUUUUACCGGGGCGGGGGUUGGGGGGGGGCACACUGGGUCCACUCACAAGGGCUGUUGGUCCCUUGUAUGGGACAGUCCCAUUCUCAGGGUUCUCGCCAUGGAAGGGAACACGCGUGGGGCCUGGAGGAGGCUGGUGGCCCCAGCUGCAGGGUGUAGGGGUCACUGGUGUCUUACAUUUUCCGCUUCAAGCAUCUCUCUCUGACCUGGGACUGCUCACAUCUGAGAAGGCACCCAGCGCUGAGUCCCAGGGCCGUGGGCCAGGGUGCCCCUCAGCUCUGAAUGGCCAUAGCUCUCCUAGCUUUUCACAUUUUCCUCAUGUUUUCUGAGCUCUCCUGAACCUGCGCCCACCAGCGCUUUCUCUGACUGCCCCUGCUGGCCGCCUUCCUUCCCAGCACGCCCCCUUGUUCAGGAAAUAACCAAAACCCUCUUCCAAAAGAAGGACUGUGAUUCCCGCGCCGUCUACGCGAGCCACGGCCCCUUUGGUCUCAGACCCAGACGGCCACGUGCCGGGCAUCUCCACCUCCACAUUCCACUGUCCUGUUCCUCUCGUGUUCCCUGGAUGAGAAGACAGCACACCGUCCCUCUGGUGCCCUGUCCAACCAGGUCGAAGUGGGGUUGGAAGACCAGGUAGGGGAGCUGUCCCCUACAGCGUCCCCGUCUGUCCACUCUGACACCAUUGUGUCUGGCGUGGAGCCAGGUGCUCGUAAUAAAUGUCUGCUGAAUGAA